AAACGUCAAGCUCAUUUUGGAAAACAUUCAGUUUAAAAUUAUUCUAUAAAUUAAUUCUAAAAUAUCUACUUUUUCCCAGCACUAUUCGGAAAUAAAACCUAUUAGUUGCCGUCUUUUUGAGAGCAACUAUUCGGGGAACCUGUUGAAACUUCCGUUCGCGCUCCGAAUACCUUACCAUAUUGCAACCAUGUCCAUGAGACCGGAUGAUCAUCGACGGAAAUGGGACCGAAAGGAGUACGAGCGUUUGGCCCAGGAGCGGCUCCUGGCCAAAACGAAAGACGAACAAUCGGAAGAAGAACCUGUAACAAAGGAGUUGCUCAAACAGCGCGACUACAAAGUUGACCUGGAUUCCAAGCUGGGGAAGAGCAUGGUAAUCAACAAGAGCACUCCGUCGUCGCAAUCUGGUGGUUACUACUGCAAUGUGUGUGAUUGCGUCGUGAAAGACUCGAUCAACUUCCUGGAUCACAUCAAUGGAAAAAAGCAUCAGCGAAAUCUAGGUAUGUCGAUGAAGGUCGAGCGGAGCACACUGGACCAGGUUAAGGAACGCUUCAAGGUGAACAAAAAGAAAACCGAAGAAAAGAAAAAGGACUACGAGCUGGAGAGCCGGGUGAAGGAAGCCAAGGAAGAGGAGGAACGCUACCGGGAAUAUAAACGAGAGAAGAGGAAAGAACGCAAACGGAAAAUUGAGGAAGUUGAAGCCGAUGCUGAGUCGGGAACUUCCGAACUGGCAGCAAUCAUGGGCUUUGCAGGGUUUGGUGGAUCCAAGAAGAAUUAGAUUAUCUUAUUCGGAGAAGCUUAAAACUUCUAACUUCGUUUCAAUACUUUACUCGCUACUAACUGUUAUGGUAAAAUAUUGGCAUUAAAACAAUCGUAUGAUAAUUAUUACCGAUCCUCUGGCUAGCGAAAAUAUGAAUUUUAGAGAUAUUCUCGAUAACUGCUGAACGUCGUCGUGUCCUGUCGCCAGAAAACUGCUGACCCGACAAGCUGAUCCUAACAAACAUUAGGGUGUGAUUGCAAUCCCACCGUGUUCGCCAGAAUGCCGCUGCCUGAUUAGGCCACCAAACUAUAAAACAAGUAACGUAUUUUCUCAAUUUACCUUACACCAUAUGGGUAGAAACAUUAGAGCUAAUGAAACUAAUAAAAGUCGUGAAAUGUUAAAA